GUUACCUAUCCAGUAUCGAACUCUACAUCGCAAGUUACGGUUAUAAGCGUACUCAGGGUUUGUUGUUCGUCUGUUUGGUGUGUUGUAUGUGUUUAUAUUAGUUUCUUGUGUAAAAACUGCCAAAUUUUCAUAAUGAGUGCUGAGGAAGAAGUAUUACGAAUUCAGAAAAAAUUAAACAAGAUGUCGAGCGGUGACGGGACGGGACAAGAGCAAGCAUUGGAAUUACUUAAAAUAUUACAAAAAUUACCUGUUGAUUUGGAACUCCUGACCAAGACACGUAUUGGAAUGACAGUAAAUGCGUUGAGAAAAUCAAGCAGAGAUGAAGAAGUUAUAUCAUUAUCUAAAACUCUCAUUAAAAAUUGGAAAAAAUUCUUAUCUGGAUCCAAUAAAGAAAAGGAUUCUACUUCUUCAAGUAGUUCCAAAAAAAAAGAUGAUAAAUCAGAGAAGAACAAAGAUGAUGGAGAUCAGAAGAAAGAUAAGGAUAAUGCAGAUGGAAGCGAUGUUAAAAUGAAGGAAGAAAAACCUCAUAAAGAUAUUCAAAGAAAACAGUCUACGUUUCCUGCUCCUACAACCACAGAUGCUGUGAGACUUAAAUGUAGGGAACUGUUAGCAGCAGCUUUGAGAGUAGAUGGAAAUACAAUUGAUGGCUGUGCUACACCAGAGGAACUAGCAGAGGAACUGGAGGAAGCAAUUUAUGCAGAAUUUAAAAAUACUGAUAAUAGAUAUAAAAACAGAGUACGAAGCAGAGUCGCUAAUUUACGUGAUGUAAAAAAUCCUAAUCUUCGAACGAACUUUAUAGCUGGUGCUAUAACUCCUGCUAGGCUUGCUGUUAUGACUGCAGAAGAGAUGGCAAGUGAUGAAAUAAAACAAUUAAGAGAACAGUUUAAAAAAGAGGCAAUUAAUGAUGCGCAACUUGCUACAGUGCAAGGAACGAAAACUGAUCUAUUAAAAUGUGGAAAGUGCAAAAAACGUAAUUGUACUUAUAAUCAAGUGCAGACGCGCUCAGCUGAUGAACCUAUGACUACUUUUGUACUAUGCAAUGAAUGUGGAAAUCGAUGGAAAUUUUGUUAAAUAUUCUUUCCACGGUUUUUUCUGACUGCAAUGGAGAGGAAAAUGGAUUUCGUUCAAAACCUACCUAUUAAUCAUCAUUAUUAGAGUUAAUGAAUAUUAAAUAUUUACAAUUCACAGAUUACAUUGGAUGCUUGAUAACGUUUUUAAUUUUUUCACAAGUUGAAAAGUAUCCAGUUUUUAUUCUAUUGUAUAUACUGAUAUUCUGAAUUACUAAGUCUUAUUUUAGGGCUUUAUAGGACUUCAAUCGUAUUCAAAAAAGAGUUCAUUAAAUUAAAUGAUACGUUUUCUUAUUUUAAUACAGCAUUAUUGUUGUUAAGAACUCUUAAUGCGCUAAUAUUAAGACUAAAAUGUUUCGUUUUGCAUUGUACGAAUUUAUAUAAUACUUUACUUGUGAACAACUCGAAAUUGUGGGUACAGUACUGAAAUACAUGCAUGUAAUUACAA